UAGUCAAGCUCUUCAAUAUGAAUCUUCGCGUAGUAUUCGUACUAUUAUUCUGUGCCACAUAUGCAACUGCCAAACUGCAUCAUUUUAGUAUGAUCAAACGUAAGCAUAAGCAUAGCAAGCCGCUUCAUCGUCGUGUUCAUAAAAGGCACCAGAAUGCCUUGAAAGCCAAAUACGGAUUAAGCACCAUAUCCAAAGUUAAUGCAGUCACCAAUAGUGGUUCCAGUACUUCAGCUGCGAGUUCGGGCAUCCAACAGACAAGCUCUUUAGAAAAUUAUUAUGACGCGGAAUUCUUGGUAACAAUAACCCUUGGUGAACAAUCAUUUAUCGUGGUGCCCGAUACUGGAUCUGCGGAUAUGUGGGUGCCCGAUGCAAGUUGCAAUUUCUGCGCAAAUUCUUGUCAGAAUCAUAUAUUCAAUCGAGCCAAAUCGAAAAGUUUUGUCAACAAUGGCACUUCAUUUAGCAUAACAUAUGGCUCAGGUUCGGCUGCGGGUACAACCGGAUCGGAUACAUUUAAAAUUGGUAAAAUGACCGUUCAAAAUCAAACGUUUGGCUUAGCCAACACUAUAUCCAGUUGCAGUGCCUACGAUGGCAUCUGGGGCUUGGGUUUUCCCUCUCUAUCGCAACUAAAGACUGAGCCGCCUUUUCAAAACCUCAUCACCCAGAAUCAAGUAGAGAAAUCCAUUUUCUCGUUUAGCCUUAAAACCAAUACCAUGAUAAUGGGCGGUUCCAAUUCUAGCCUUUACUAUGGCGAACUCAUCUAUACGCCUGUGACAGUGGCUUCUUAUUGGCAGUUCAACUUACAAACCAUUGACUUUUCGGAUGGGAGUUGUCCACGUUGCUCUGGAAACUGUACAGCAAUUAUGGAUACGGGCACAUCGCUUAUUGUUGGACCAUCUUCGGACAUUAUGGCAUUAAAUACACAACUUGGUGCCACAUUUAAUUCAACAUAUGAUCUUUGGUUAGUCGAGUGCGCGAUAAUCUCAACCCUACCUCAGCUGGUGCUGACUAUAGCUAAUACCAAAUUCUAUAUUAAGCCAGAGACUUAUGUCUUAAAUUUGGGCACUGUCUGCGCCAGUGGUCUAAUGGAUUUGUCAGGCAUAACUUUCUGGAUAAUUGGCGAUGUCUUUUUAAGGCAACACUACGUGGAAUUCGAUUCAACAAAACAGCAAAUGGGUAUUGCUCCGGCUUUAGGGUAAAACUACAAAAAUAUUUGAAUGAUACCGAAAAGAAAUGAAUAAAAAACAAAAAGCAUCGACA